AUGUCAGAAUAUAAUGAAAAAGAUGCCCAAACUUCUUACAAACGUUCAAAAGAUCGCGCCAACUCACGAAAUAGUACUAUGACGGAUAGUAAUAAAAGUGAUUUGUCACGAAAAUGUAAUAAAAAUUUGCGAAAGACGAGUUUUUCGAGUAUUUCACGAGUUUCUUCAAUAAUAUCGGUUGAUCACCUACCUCGAAAUGCAAGGCACAGAGUUCUGAACAACAACGAUGACGAUUAUGAACAUUCACAUACACUUGACGAUAACUCAAGCGAAGAUGAGGAGAACGAUGAUCUUCAAGAUAAUCUUGAUCCAUAUAAGGUUUUGAAUCGUAAAGAGGAUUCAUUAAGAACACCUUUUCAACUUAAAUGUUAUUAUUUCUUUGAAGAACCAAUUACUAAAUGGGGAAGGGCGUUUGUGAUAUUUUCAUCCACAUGUACGAUUGUCGUUGUUCUGAUGAUUUGUAUCAAUUCUUGGCCGACUAUUUCCGUACCAAGACCGAAGAUUUACAGAGAAAUCUGGAUUCCGAUUGACCUUAUAUCCCUUAUCACUUUUACUAUUGAAUAUCUUGGAAGAUUUUAUGCUUCUAUAAAUAAAUGGAAGUUUUUUUAUCAACCAAUGAACUUGAUUGAUUUAAUUUCAAUCAUACCAUUUUUCAUUCAUUUGAUUUUCUUAAAUGGCAUACAACAGUCCAUGUUGCAAGUUAUCAGAGUGUUGCGUUUAUUCAGACUUUUAGGAUUAUUUCGUGUUGCAAAAUAUUCGACUGGCUUUUACAUCACCGCAAAAGUAUUUCAGCGUUCUGCUUAUCAAAUUGUUGUGGUGUCUGUAUAUUUCUUGGUGAUAUUGCUGACAUCUUCGGCUUUAAUAUUUUAUAUUGAACGCGGCGAAUUUGAUCAACGUAACUUGACUUGGUACCGUAUCGGAAAUGAUGGGAAUUAUGAAAUUAGUCCCUUUCAAUCGAUUAUUCACUCUCUUUGGUGGUCGAUAGUUACACUUACUACCACGGGCUAUGGCGACGCUGUUCCGGUCACUGGUCUCGGAAAAUUCGUUGCAGCAGUAACCAUGACGUGUGGUAUUUUAGUAAUUGCACUCCCAACUUCUAUUAUCGGAUCAAACUUUAACGCAGAAUGGUCCUUUCAUCGUCGACUUCAAUUUCAAAUGAGGGUACAUAAAACACGAGAACAAGCUAAAUCGUUUAUAGAGAUUGGGGAAAAUAAGACUAAAAAGAUCAAAGUUCUUCAAAAUCAAAAUAAAGCCAUGCUUGAAGGAUUGGCGGAAAUUCAAGAAAGAUUAUCAGAGAUUAAUCCACCAAGGUAUUACCGAAAGUAUAAGAACCUUCAAAUAAGACACAUUGAGGCAUUAGAAAAAAUUACAGAAUUAGAGAAUAAGCUAGAAAGAUGGAAAUAUAUAGCUAAAAAUCUUAGAACAUUCAAUAAUUUUGAAUUACCAUCGGAGAAUUUUAAUGAUAAACCGGAUGCUGAUCGAAAUGGUUUCGAUCGAGGUAAACGGAGUAUAUGGAAUUGGAAGAAUACACUCCGAACGUCCUCACAUCUAAAUAUGCGCAAAGCUACGACUGAUUUGAAAGAUUAUGAUAAAGCUCACAGAAGCGUAAUCAACCCUUCGAAGAGAAUAUUUAGAACAUUAAGUAAUAAAAUUGGAAAAUCGACUACAAGUUUAAUAACGCGGAAAAGACAACCCUCAGGACCUAUUACGAGUGAAAUGAUAAGUUCUCCUACAGAUUUACGACAUACAUUCCAUAUAAUUGAUUCAGAAAGAGACUAUGAUUCAAAUUCAAUUAAUACCAAUGAAUUUACACGUAACAACUCUCUUCCUAUAAUACAUAGGACAUCAAGUGAACCAACUCAGGACAUUAAACAAAUGGGCGGUAUUGAAAUCAUAAUUGAUGAUCAAAAUACGCAAAGUAACAAAUAA